AUGGCGGAGCUGGGACCCACAGCGGGACCUGUGGCCCCCACGGUGUGGGGUACCACAACCGCCGGCCGCGCCUCCAGGUCCCAGCACCAUCCCCAAGGCAUACUAGGGUCGGCGUGGCUCUGCCUCCUGCUCUUGCUGACAGCCUGCGUGCCUGCCACUGGCACCAACCCUGGCAUCAAGGCCCAGCUGACCCGGAAGGCGCUGGAAUUUGGUCAGCGGAUUGGGCUGGAGCUGCUCCAGGUGCUGCUGCAGAAGGAGCAUGAGCUGAACCUGAGGGGCUCCUACUACAGCCCACUCCUGGGGACACUCACCUACGCCGUGCCCCGGAUCCGCAUCCACGAGCUGCAGAUGAACAACUCCACUGUGGACUUUGCCGAGGACGUGGGGGUGAGGCUGAUGGUGCAGCGUGCCCGCAUCCAUCUCAGCGCUGACUGGGGAGCUCAGCUGGGCACCAUCCAGGACAAGGGCUCUGUCGAGCUCCGCGUGCACGACCUGGCCAUGGUGGCAGUGCUGGGGGUGAGCGUGGACGGCAGCGGCCGCCCCACGGUGUGGAGCGCAGGCUGUGAUGCCCGCGGCACCGACCUGCAUGUGGAGUUUCACUACGGACACAGCUGGCUCUACAACCCGCUGGCACUGCUGGUCCAGAAAGCCCUGAGGCAGGAGCUGAACAAGCGGCUCUGCCUCGAGCUCCACAAGGGUGUCAGCAGGCUGGAGGCUGCCCUGAAGGACAUGAAAACAUCCACCCAGCUGGACGCCUUCGCCGCCAUCGACCACUCCCUGGUGGGGCAGCCGGCCAUCACGGCAGAGCACGGGGACAUCGCCCUCAAGGGGGAGUUCUUCAGAGUGGGCAAGUCCCAGCAGAGACCUUCCUCAGCCGUGCCCGCGGCGUUGCCUGCCGCUCUGCCCACAGCGCUGCCCACAGCGCUGCCCACAGCACAGGAGCCCAUGCUGCUGCUGGCUGUCACCGAGUUCGUUGCCAACUCAGCCGCCUUCACGUACUUCACGGCUGGGGUCCUGCGCAAGAACAUCUCCAGCGACAUGCUCCCACGGCGGUUCCCGCUCCAGCUGAGGACCAAGAGCAUGGGGGUCUUCUCCCCGCAGCUGCAGCAGCGCUACCCGGACCACCCCAUGGAGCUGCACCUCUCGGCUCGCCAGCAGCCCCUGCUCUCCUGCCACCCCGAUGCCCUGCACGGUGCCUUCUUCGGCUCUGCCGAAGCCUUCGUGGUGCUGCCAAAUGCCACCCGUGUCCCUGCUUUUCUGCUGAACAUCGAUGCCAACGUGACGGGGAAGCCGACCAUCACCAGGAACAGGCUUGGAGGCACCGUGAGCCUGAAGGAGCUCAGCGUGUCACAGGUGACGUCGCACGUGGGCCCGGUGGAGGUGAAGAGACUGGAGACCCUGCUGAAGUUCGGGCUGUGGCUUUUCGGGGUGCCCUGGGCAAACAAGCGGCUCCAGGCUGGUGUCCCCCUGCCCACCCUGCACGGCCUCAGCCUGCUCAACACCCGGCUCUCGCUGCAGGAGGGCUUCAUGCUCAUCACCACAGACCUGCAGUACAAGCCAUGA